CUAAUGGCUCAGGAACUCCCUUCAUCUGACAUGGCAAUGGGGGAGAGUUCAUGAAGUCUGUCCCUCUGUCUUCUGAUCCUUGCUCUGAUUGGUGGAGUCUCACCAAAUCUGAUGAGAAUAUUUUAAUGGCUCAUCUUAAAAAAAAAAAAGACCCAUGUGGUCAUGCUAGGGCUCUCGGAAAUUCUAAUGAUGAAGUAAGGCAGGUCACUUCCCCUUCUUGUGCAGUGCAGGGCUGGGCUGGUGCUGGGAAGCCUGUGCAACUCUCUUUCUGGAGCCUGCAGUGAAUAUGGAUCAUGAAACAAUGGGGAAUAUUGUUUUGCUGGCAAUUGUCACCCUCAUCAGUGCCGUCCAGAAUGGGUUCUUUGCUCACAAAGUAGAACAUGAAAGUCGGAGCCAAAAUGGGAGGAGCUUCCAGCGAACUGGGACCUUUGCCUUUGAGCGUGUCUACACAGCCAACCAAAACUGCAUAGAUGCCUACCCCACUUUUCUUGUCAUGCUUUGGAGUGCGGGACUACUUUGCAGCCAAGUUCCUGCUGCCUUUGCUGGAUUGAUGUACCUGUUUGUGAGGCAAAAAUACUUUGUAGGCUAUUUAGGAGAGAGGACACAGAGCACUCCUGGCUACAUCUUUGGGAAACGCAUCAUAUUGUUUCUCUUCCUCAUGUCUGUUGCCGGCAUCCUCAACUACUACCUUGUCCUCUUUUUUGGGAGUGACUUUGAAAAAUACAUAAAGACAAUAACUACGACUAUCUCCCCACUACUUUUGAUUCCCUAAUUCUCCCCUGAACCUGAAAUCAGAGGUCUCAGCUAAUUAAUACAUAGAAACCAUGGUAAUUCAACCCUUUAUGGGGCUCACCCCCUCUUUAAAUGGCUGUAAAUCAGAUAAUUUCCUGGGCUUCAUGGUUUGAGGUCUCUUUUCAUGGAAUAAAAGGAUUUAGAACCAGCUCCACACUUUGAGAAUUCCUCUGGUAUCAGUUUGAGUCUUCAGAUAUGUCCUGUAUAGUUUUUUAUUUAUCCUGCUCUCUGAUUUCUGCUCUAUGGAAUAUUGUGUGACUUAUGGCAUCAUCAGCACCUGUUUUCUUUAAUAAAAUGAGACAUACUCACA